CGAUUCAGGAUUCUUAGUUCUUCCUCGGCAGUAAUGGCGGAUGUGGAAACAGAUGUUGCCUCCGGGCAGCCGAAGAGGAGAACAUUCAAGAAGUUCAGCUUCAGAGGCGUUGAUUUGGAUGCGCUUCUUGACAUGUCAACUGACGAUCUUGUCAAGCUAUUCACCGCCCGGGCUCGCAGAAGGUUCCAACGAGGUCUGAAGCGGAAGCCGAUGGCUUUGAUCAAGAAACUGCGCAAGGCGAAGCGAGAGGCUCCACCAGGUGAGAAGCCAGAGCCAGUUAGAACUCACCUCCGGAACAUGAUCAUAGUGCCUGAGAUGAUCGGAAGUAUCAUUGGGGUUUACAAUGGGAAGACCUUCAACCAGGUCGAAAUCAAACCAGAGAUGAUUGGACACUAUUUGGCUGAGUUCUCAAUCUCUUACAAGCCAGUCAAGCAUGGAAGGCCUGGUAUUGGUGCUACCCACUCGUCUCGGUUCAUUCCUCUCAAGUGAGAUCUUCACCUGUACCGUGUGAUUUCAACUGAUUGUUGUUCUCUGAGAGUUGGUCUGGUGUUAGUUAUGUUUUCUUCUUAUGUGCCUUAUGACUAAAUUUUGUCCUCUAUUUGUUAGUUAUUU